AGGGAUGGAAUAUGGAAUAUGGAACAUGGAAUAUGGAAGGUUAUGGCAGAACGGAACGGAACGAAACGGAAUGAAGUAAGUCAGUAAUUCGAAUCAAGAUGGUACUGGAAAGUACGAUGAUAUGCGUCGACAACAGCGAUUACAUGAGAAAUGGAGAUUUUUUACCAACACGACUUCAAGCACAGCAGGAUGCUGUUAAUUUGGUUUGUCAUUCGAAAACUCGCUCGAAUCCUGAAAACAACGUGGGCUUGAUAACGCUAGCCAACGUCGAAGUAUUGGCUACACUUACCAGCGAUGUUGGCAGAAUUCUUUCAAAGCUUCAUCAAGUUCAACCUAAUGGUAACUUAUGUCUAAUUACUGGAAUACGCAUUGCACAUUUGGCAUUAAAACAUCGUCAAGGUAAAAAUCACAAAAUGCGUAUCGUGGCCUUCAUUGGUAGCCCCAUAGAGAUUGACGAGAAAGAACUAGUAAAAUUAGCGAAAAGAUUGAAAAAGGAAAAGGUUAACGUGGAUGUGAUUAGCUUUGGCGAGGAAAGUAUCAAUAACGAAGUAUUGACAGCCUUUAUUAAUGCUCUCAAUGGAAAAGAGGGAACCGGUAGCCAUUUGGUUACCGUUCCACCUGGACCGCACUUAAGCGACGCAUUGAUCUCCUCUCCCAUAAUCCAAGGAGAAGACGGAAUGGGUGGUACAGGAAUGGGAGGAGCUGCGUUCGAGUUUGGUGUUGAUCCAAACGAAGAUCCAGAGUUAGCAUUGGCACUACGCGUUUCUAUGGAAGAACAACGACAGCGUCAAGAGGAUGAAGCGCGGCGUGCACAAGCAAAUGAAACAGCUACAAAUAAACAACCGGAUACGAUUAAAGAAGUACCCAACGAGGAGGCAAUGUUGAAACGUGCACUUGCCAUGUCUCUCGAAGAUACAGAAAACUCGUCUUCAACGAACGAUAAUGCUGCUCCUACUAAUGUAAUAAACGUUCCCGAUCUAGCUCGUAUGACCGAAGAAGAGCAAAUUGCUUUUGCCAUGCAAAUGUCUAUGCAAGAUCAACGUACGACAAAAGAAUUGGAGUCCCUGAAGGAAGAAGCAAUGGAAGUUGAAGAGGAUUAUGCUGCUGUUAUGUCAGAUCCAGCAUUUUUGCAAUCGGUGUUGGAAAAUUUGCCAGGUGUUGAUCCUCAUUCCGAAGCCGUCCGUCAAGCCGUUGGAUCUCUUCAACAAAAUAAAGAUAAAGAUAAAGAAAAAGACAAAGACAAAGACAAAGACAAAGAGAAAGAGAAAGAGAAAGAGAAAGAAAAGGAUCAGGAGAAAGAUAAGGAAAAGAAAUGAAGAAUUUACGCGCUCAUUGGAUACAUUACUUUAUGUUAAUCGCUGUUUUGUGAAUAUCUGUAAACCAGAAUAUAGGCGUUUCAGAUUUUUCAAAACUUUA